UCGCAACAACGUAAACGCACUGAUCUCGCUCCAAGGAUUUAUCGACCAAUUACGUAUCGUCCAUGGCGGCGAGAUCGCCCAGUUGCAAGCGCGGCUCCCUCCUCGCCGUCGCCAUCGUCCUCUCGGCCUCCCUCGUCGCCGCCGCCGGCGUCGACCUCAAGGAAGCGUGCGCCACGACGCCGCACCCGGACGUCUGCAUGACCGUCCUCCAGGCCUGCCCCGACAGCAAGGACGCCACCAGCCCUCGCGCGCUGGCCGAGGUCGCCAUCCGCGCGGCCUCCAACGUCGGCGCCGCGGCGGGCACCUUCGCGCGCGCCGAGCUGGACGUGGUCAAGGACACGGACAUGUGGCAGUGCCUGGACGAGUGCGCCGAGGACAUCGAGGAGGCCGUCUCCCACCUCGACGAUACCGAGGGCGAGAUCGACAGCGCUAAGUUCAAUGACGUGAAGCUCUUCCUCGACACCGCCGAGCGGGACUCGUGGUCCUGCGACGAGAGCUGCCGGUACGCGCCCGAGACGCCCGUCAAGGCCUCGCUGCUCUCCAAGAACAAGGACUUCGAGACCAUCAUGGCGGUCACCCACGCGCUCAUCAAGCAGGCCACCGAGGGAGCCGCGCCGGCACCGUCGCCGAUGCCGUCGUCGCCAUGA